AUGGAUGCUGCCUCGAUUGAAGAAAUCAACAAGGUGCGCCGGGCAAUGGGGAUGAAGCCUCUGCCCGUGCCCGGCGCCACCGACGCACCACGAGGUCCGUCGCCCGACAAGGACCAAGAUAUCGCCAGCACUCUCGAAACCCGCGAGGCUGCCGCCUACGACAACUUCCGAAAGCUCCGCGAGGCAGAAGAGGCCAAGAAGCGCCGCGAGGAGAAGGCCGCCGCUGUCAAGAAGGCACGCGACAAGGCCCAGCGCUUUGCCACCCUCGAGGGCAGGGGCCUAGCCGACCUCGACGACGAAGACGACCUCGACGCCAAGUCGUGGCUCAAGACCCAGAAGAAGCGCCAAAAGAAGAUCGAAGCCGUGCGGAAGCUUGACGAGGAGAAGGCUGCCGCCGAUGCCGCCGCCCAGCACACGGCCGACAACCUGGCCGGCGUCAAGGUCGCCCACGACAUGGCCAGCUUCCUCGACGGCAACGAGCAGAUCCUGACGCUCAAAGACACGGGAGUCCUAGAGAACGAGGAAGAGGGCGACGAGCUCGAGAAUCUGAGCUUGCGAGAGCAGGAAAAGCUGCAAGAGAGGCUUGACCUCAAGAAGAAGAAGCCGCUCUACGACCCCAACGACAUUGACGAGACUGCCGAGCACGUCAUCUUAUCCAAGUACGACGAGGAGAUUGACGGGAAGAAGCGCAAAGUCUUCACCCUAGAGGGGGCGGGAAUCUCGACAGAGCUGGCCGAUAUCCUUGACGCGCCAGUUCAGAGGCGGAAGCGCCAGGCUGCAGGGAUUGAAGUGCUUGAAGACGCCCCUCCGCAAAACCCCGACUAUCUCGAUGCCUCGGAAGUCAAGGUCAAGAAGCCCAAGAAGAAAAAGUCAAAAACCACGAGGCAGCGCCGCGCAGACGACGAGGAUGCCCUGUUUGCAGGCGACCUGGGUGUCACUGGCGAUGACCAAGAAAUGGACGUCGAUUCUGGCGCCGUGAUAUACACCAAGAAGAAGAAGGUCUUUGACGACAACUUGCUUGACGACGAGGACCUCCAGGCGUCGCUCGCCAUGCAGAGGAAGGAGGCCCUGAAGAAACGGAAGAAGACACGGCCCGAAGACAUUGCCAGGCAGCUCCGAGAAGAGGGGUCGCAGUCUCUGGAGCCCGAAUUCCUCGAGGGCGACAAGGGCAUGGUCAUUGACGAGAUUAGCGGAUUCGUGGAUGCCCUGAACCCUGAGCGACUGGAAGAGCGGAAGGCGGCCAAGGCGAAAGCUGUCACAGAGAUGCAGGACGAAUCGUCGGACGACGAGGAGAUGGCGGAUGCCGACACUGAGCGCGAGUCUGUUGACCGGGACAGGACGCCGCACGCCGACAUAUCGACGGGCGUGGAGGAGGAGAAGCUUGUGGGCCAGGGCAUGGCCGCGACGCUAGGACUCCUCAAGGACCGCCACCUCAUCGAAGACACGAACGGCAGCGAGCUCAACGAGAAGUUCCGGCAGAAGCAAAAGUUCCUAGCCGAGCUACACCGGCGCAUGACGCUGUUCGACGAGGAGGCGCGCCACCAGCGUGAGCGCGACCGCGCCAGCGGGCGGCUCGACAAGCUGUCGAUCCGGGAGCGCGAGGAGAUCUCGCGGCAGCAGAACACGAUGCGCGAGCAGCACCAGUCGCGCGUCAUGGACCAGCUCUUCCGCGAAGGGUACCGGCCCAACGUGGAGCUGCGGUACGUGGACGAUGACGGCCGCAGCCUCGACGCCAAGGAGGCCUUCAAGGACCUGUCGCACAAGUUCCACGGCAAGGGCAGCGGCAAGGGCAAGACGGACAAGCGGCUCAAGCGGCUAGCCGAGGAGAAGCGGCGCAUGGCGCAGAGCAUGCUCGACGCCAGCCAGAACGUCGGCAUGAGCACCGCCGCCUCGCACCAGGGCAAGAAGCGCAAGGAGGCCGGUGUGCGCCUCGCCUGA